CCUGCGGAGCGGCGCAUGCGCGGUGCGGCAGCGGGGCGCAGUUGGGGGGCGCGGGGCAGCGCAGGUUCCCGUCUGCGCUGGCUGCGGCCUGCACUGAGCGGGGGGGCGGCCCCGGCCCGGCCCCGCAGCGCCAUGGACCCGGCCGAGGCCGUCCUGCAGGAAAAGGCGCUCAAGUUCAUGCCCCGAAUACACAUGCCAAAAGAUGGAUUUCAACUUAUAUCUUCUGGAUACCAAGCAUGGCUAAAGCAGUGCUCUAUGCCCAGAUCUCUGUGGCUGGGCUGCUCCAGCCUGGCGGACAGCAUGCCCUCGCUGCGAUGCCUGUAUAACCCAGGGACUGGCGCACUCCCAGCUUUCCAGAAUUCCUCUGAGAGAGAAGACUGUAAUAAUGAUGAGCCCCCUAGGAAGAUCAUUCCUGAGAAGAAUUCACUUAGACAGACCUACAACAGCUGUGCCAGACUGUGCUUAAACCAGGAAACAGUAUGUCUAGGAAGCACUGCUAUGAAGACUGAAAAUUGUGUGGCCAAAACAAAACUUGCCAAUGGCACUUCCAGUAUGAUUGUGCCCAAGCAAAGGAAACUGUCUGCGAGCUAUGAGAAGGAGAAGGAGCUCUGCGUCAAGUACUUUGAACAAUGGUCCGAGUCUGACCAGGUGGAGUUUGUGGAGCACCUCAUCUCCCAGAUGUGUCACUACCAGCACGGACACAUAAACUCAUACCUCAAACCCAUGUUACAGCGGGACUUCAUCACUGCACUGCCAGCUCGGGGAUUGGAUCACAUUGCUGAGAACAUUCUGUCAUACCUGGAUGCCAAAUCUCUGUGUGCUGCUGAGCUGGUGUGCAAGGAGUGGUACCGGGUGACGUCGGAUGGGAUGCUGUGGAAGAAACUCAUUGAGAGAAUGGUCAGGACAGACUCCCUGUGGAGGGGAUUGUCAGAGAGGAGAGGAUGGGGGCAAUAUCUAUUUAAAAAUAAACCUCCUGAUGGAACUGCACCACCCAACUCCUUCUACAGAGCACUUUACCCCAAAAUUAUACAAGACAUAGAGACAAUAGAGUCGAACUGGCGGUGUGGAAGGCACAGUUUACAGAGGAUCCACUGCCGAAGUGAGACAAGCAAAGGGGUUUAUUGUUUACAGUAUGAUGAUCAGAAGAUAGUAAGCGGCCUACGAGACAAUACUAUUAAGAUCUGGGAUAAGAAUACAUUGGAAUGCAAGCGAAUUCUCACUGGACACACGGGUUCUGUCCUGUGCCUCCAGUAUGAUGAACGUGUGAUCAUUACUGGAUCUUCAGACUCAACAGUCAGAGUGUGGGACGUGAAUGCAGGCGAGAUGCUGAAUACCCUGAUCCACCACUGCGAGGCCGUGCUGCACCUCCGCUUCAACAACGGCAUGAUGGUGACGUGCUCCAAGGACCGCUCCAUCGCCGUGUGGGACAUGGCCUCCCCGACAGACAUCACCCUGAGGAGGGUGCUCGUAGGGCACCGAGCUGCCGUCAACGUAGUGGACUUUGAUGACAAGUACAUUGUAUCAGCUUCAGGUGACAGAACUAUAAAGGUAUGGAACACUAGUACCUGCGAAUUUGUGCGCACCUUAAAUGGCCACAAACGAGGCAUUGCAUGUCUGCAGUACAGAGACAGGCUAGUAGUGAGCGGCUCUUCAGAUAAUACCAUCAGGCUGUGGGAUAUCGAGUGUGGGGCAUGUUUACGAGUACUGGAAGGCCAUGAAGAGUUGGUGAGAUGCAUACGCUUUGAUAACAAGAGGAUAGUCAGUGGGGCAUAUGAUGGGAAAAUAAAAGUAUGGGAUCUUGUGGCUGCUUUGGACCCCCGUGCUCCAGCAGGGACCCUCUGCUUGCGAACCCUUGUGGAGCAUUCUGGAAGAGUCUUUCGACUUCAGUUUGAUGAGUUCCAGAUCGUCAGCAGCUCACAUGAUGACACCAUCCUCAUCUGGGAUUUUCUGAAUGACCCAGCUGCCCAGGCAGAAUCCACUCGUUCCCCGUCCAGAACAUACACCUACAUCUCCAGAUAAAUAACACUACACUGUACCUCACACUCGCACAGGACUCAUUUAAGCUGCAGUAUUUAAAUGCCAGGACAAAAGAACUAUCCACGUAACCAAUACUUGCUGAAGAGAGAGGCUCUCAGACUUGUUUCUGGAACAAAGUUGGCAUGCGGUUGAUCUCAGACAGGGUCUACUCAGCGCGGCUGACUGCUAAAGUGCUGCUAUAUCAGAAGAUGACUUUUAUCUUUAAUGAACAGUUAACAUUUUUAAACCUUCCCAUCCCUUUCUUCCUUCAUUCCCGUCUUCAUGUUCACUCUUCCCUUUACCCCAUUUGAUUCCCCUCCAAGCCCAGUCACCAAUGUCCUAUGAAUAUAUUUAAGAUGUCGCCA